AUGGUUGAUCAAAUUGAGUCAUGUUCGCCUAAUACGUUGGUACAAUGUCGAAUAUGUCACGAUGAAGAUGAAGACUUAAACAUGGAUACACCUUGUUCUUGUUCUGGUACAUUGCAGUAUGCUCAUAGAAUAUGUGUGCAAAGAUGGUGCAAUGAGAAAGGUGAUACUACUUGUGAGAUUUUCCAACAGCAAUUUAAAGGCUACACUGCUCCUCAAGCUCCUUUGUUUCACUAUAGGGGCAACUGGGAAAUUCCAAGAGUUGGUUUCAAUAAUCAUCAGUUCAUAGCAUUGUUUCCUGCUAAUCAUGAAUUUCUAGACUUUAAUUUUGAAUAUUCAGCUCCCUCUACAAGGAGCCGCGUGUUCAUUCGCAUUGUUGCCAUCAUUUCAGGAAACAACAUCAGUGAGAAGGCUUAUGAGGAUGGAAGAACAAUGGUGGAGAGUAAGACAGCAGACCUGAGAUCUCAAAUCAGGCGAAAAGGUGACACAAACCAAGCUUCAAGUAUAAGGAAUCCAUGGCAGCAAUCAGAUCAGACACAGUCUCAUUCUAAUCAUGAAACACAACUUAAGCAAUCCCGAGACGUGGCAUUGGCAACAGCAGCAAAAGCAAAAUUACUUCUUCGUGAGCUAAAAACCGUUAAAGCGGAUUUAGCAUUUGCUAAAGCGCGCUGUGCUCAACUUGAAGAAGAAAAUAAAUUACUCAGGGAACGAGAAGGAAGCGAUAAGGGACUUAUCCGUGAUGAUGAUGAUCUGGGUUAUAGGCUCAUAAUUUGUGGGCACUGUUGCAGCUAUUUACCUGAGGAGAUGAGGAAGCCUUCUACCUUCAAAUGGAUGCUGCAGAAUCCUGAGUACCGUCAACGACUUGAAGAAAUGAUAAACAACAUGGGUGGAGGCAUUGAAUGGGACAGUCGAAUGAUGGACACCUUAAAGAAUUUUGACCUUAAUAGUCCUGUUGUUAAACAACAAUUUGAUAAAAUUGGGCUUUCUCCCGAAGAAGUCAUUUCAAAGAUUAUGGCCAAUCCUGAUGUUGCCAUGGCAUUUCAAAAUCCUAUAGUUCAAGCAGCUAUCAUGGAUUGUUCACAGAAUCCAAUGAGUAUUGCUAAAUAUCAAAAUGAUAAGGAGGUCAUGGAUGUCUUCUAUAAAAUAUCUGAACUCUUCCCUGGAGUUUCAGGCCCCCCUUGA